AAGGCAUGCGGAUUCUCCGAAUCUUCCACUUCCCGUCCCGCCAACUCUCUCGUCUCGCUUCUUCCUCCUCUCUAUCCCUCUCUAUCCUUCGCAGCCGGGUGAGAGUUCGUCCCUGCAGACCCCUGUUCUCUCUUUUAGCUUUCACCGUUCUAGAGGCCGUUUCUCUUCUUGGACCGACGUGGGGCGUCUUAGAACCCCUCUGCGAAAUCCUUGCCAUUACAGAACCCUUUUUAUCGCUUCGUGCUGGGCGGUUGUAGAGUGUCGUUUGCCUCUUCAGUUUCCGUAAAAAAUUCCGUUCUUACACCAUUCUUCCCUCAGACGAGUGCCCGAGCACCCUACCGAGUCUGAUAAUAAGAAGGGGGGACUAAAAAAAGUGACGCUGCCUGGUUACGUGCCAACUCCGUUUCAAUCUGCCUCUGUUUCAUGCGCACUCCAUAGUUCUGCACAGUCAGAAGGACGCCGUCUCCCUCGGUUCCUAUCCGAAAGAGGCUUUUGGGGAGUGUCGAACCACGUGGAGGCGGAAGGAAAUUCGUCGCGGAGAACAAUAUCCACCGAGCAAGCGAUGGAGGGUCGCGAUCGCGACUCUGAUCUUACCGAUGGCCAAGAAGACGAAAGCCCAUUCUCGAGCCCCGCUGAGAGUCCCCUGGAGCACAAUGAAACCGAUGCGAUGUUUCCCUCUACCACACAGCCUCCUUCACUCCGCACCGUAUCUCCUCAAACAAUGACUCCGUCUUCCACCCCCCUUGGACAGAUCAAUGCCGCCAGAAGACCUCCCCCGGUUCCUACAGCCGGCCAAUCGAGCGGUCUGAGCCAGGACAUACAGGCAAAGAUGAAGGCUUUCUCUCUUUCGCGACAAGGAGGAAGGUCCGGACAGAAUACUCCAUCCUCUCUUUCUUCUGGAGGAAGUAGUUCUGUUGGGACACCAUCAAAGGGAGCCUUGGUUGGUGGCAUUAAUACCAAUGUUUUGGGUGGAGGUCCUGCGCUGGCUGGUCGCUUUCCGGGCGGCUUGUCCAACGCCGGAUUGUCGCCCACCGGCCGACCCCAACCGGGAGGCUGGACUUCCAUGCCUUCUCCUGUCGGUCGCACUGCAACAAUGACCCCCAAGCUGGGAGGUCUGGCGGCCAAGCGUGGCUUGAAGCAAACCAUGAAACUUUCCGACGCUGGAGGCACUCGUCCGGCGUUCAGAGCCCCCACCAGUUUACCGGAAGGGGUAACGGGGCCUCAUUCAAAGGCUCACUUUGCCCAGACACAAUCUGGAUUCAACAAAUACUCUGAGAUCAUCGAUACGAAGGCAGGGACGAUCAGAUUCAAGGACAAGGCUGUUAUCCACGGUGGUGGUAUUGAUUUCACAGGUGGCCACAGUUUCAGCAUCUCGUUGGAUGAGGUUGAGACGCUGGAUGAAUUGGGCAAAGGCAAUUACGGUACUGUUUACAAAGUUCGCCAUUGUCGACCGCGCCUUCGAAGACCUGGCCUUGGACUGAGGGGUUCUAUGGCGCCGCAUAGUGUCCAUCAAGCCGAAAACGCCCCAAAUUCAGAGGAUGGCGAGACAGACCAGCUUUCUAACGUGGUUAUGGCAAUGAAGGAAAUUCGCCUUGAACUGGACAAGUCCAAGUUCACCGCGAUUAUAAUGGAAUUGGAUAUCCUCCAUCGCUGCGUGUCUCCCUUUAUCAUCGAUUUCUAUGGAGCUUUUUUCCAGGAGGGAGCCGUGUAUAUCUGUGUCGAAUACAUGGAUGGAGGUUCCAUGGAGAAGCUGUACGGCGACGGCGUUCCAGAGAAUAUCUUGAGAAAGAUAGCCCUCUCGACGAUAAUGGGACUGAAGUCUUUGAAAGACGAACACAACAUCAUACAUCGCGACGUUAAGCCGACUAAUAUACUCAUCAAUACCCGAGGCCAGAUAAAAAUAUGUGAUUUUGGAGUCAGUGGAAACUUGGUUGCAAGCAUUGCCAAAACAAAUAUUGGAUGCCAGAGUUACAUGGCCCCAGAGCGGAUCGCAGGCGGAGUUCCUUCUGCUGGACCCGACGGCGGAACGUACAGUGUGCAAAGCGACAUCUGGAGUUUGGGGUUGUCGAUUAUUGAGUGCGCCAUAGGGCGAUACCCCUACCCACCUGAAUCAUAUAACAACAUAUUCAGUCAACUAAAUGCAAUUGUCCAAGGAGACCCACCAACGCUUCCAGAUGAAGGCUUCUCAGCCAACGCCAGAGACUUCGUUCGCUGUUGUCUGAACAAGACUCCCUCCCUUCGACCUACAUAUGCCACUCUCCUCCGACAUCCAUGGCUCGCUGAUUUGUUGGCACCACCUGCUUCUUUGCUGGGCGGAACAGAAGGUGGAGCUGCUGCUGAAAUCAAUGCAACCGACAGAAAGGGUAAAGGACCACUCUCAGCAGCGGAAUUCGACACCGCGGACGAAGAAGUUGCUGCCUGGGUCAAAGAAGCCCUGGACAAACGCAAGCGUGGCGUCAUGGGGCGCCAUGCCCAACCGGCUCUUCAUAAAGUUGCUCUCGAUGCGGUGCCCGGCAGUCCACUUCUCGACGACCCGGCCAAUUUGAUGGCGGCUCAACAGUAAAUUCUAUAUCAUAACGAAGUGCUACUCUUUUUGCCGACACUAGCUAGGAGAAGAAAAAGGGGUAUCGCGUUGAGGGAGCAAGCUCACGAAUGACCUUGGUGACCAUGAGAAGCCGAUGGCGGGACAGACAGAUGCCGGUCAUUUGUACUCUCACCACGCCCUUACUCUUUACCCUCUCCCUUGGAAAUGAUGCCGACGCUCUCUUCUUUUCUCUCGCUCUCUUUUUGUUUUUUCUGAAUUGCAUCGGCAUCUGGUAAGGAUUACGUUUUCUAUAUUCCUCCGUCAUGUUGUUGUCUUGAGAGAUUAUUUUGUUUUCUUGUUUUGAUCUGGUGGCAGCCUGUCUGCAUUUAGCAUCAUUAUCAUUGUUUAUUUCCAGGCACUAAAAAAAUCCCUCCUUUCCUUUGCAGGUGCUUUAUGACGGCACUUCUUUGCCUUUUCCUUUCCCUUUUUAUUUUUUACCCCUUUCCCCGGUGCUUGUUGACGUAUGAUUCAAGGCGCUUGUCUUUUGUCUGUUCGUAUCUGCCGUGAUGAUAUUAUGUGGAGUACGUCCUGUACCUAUGUAGUUAGGUGCCGGAAACUCGACACUUUACGCCACUUUGGGCUCAGCGUAUAGCCAUGUGUCUCCAAACCUUUCUUGCAAAGUCUUGUAUAUUUAUGUAGUGUGUAUGUGUGUAGGUAUGUAUGUACACUUUUGUGGGGGUGGCAACGUUGGGUCGCACAGGGAGGAGUCGUGUAACCACCUGAGCAAAGUGGAAAUAUAACUGGAUUAAGUAUUUUCUUCACGUC